AUGUUCCUGGGUGUUAGAUCCAUAAACCAUAAUCUGCGAAAAUGCCAUGCCCAAACAUUUGAUAUUAAUCGUCCGACACCGAGUGAGCAGAUUACCGAGAUUUGUGUCCUUCCUUCCAAGUUCCAUGCAUCGAUGCAUCGGUAUCCAAACCGCGUUUACAAUUUCGGAGUCACGCAAAGUAUGCAAAGUUCUAUCUACGAUGCGUUAAAACGCAAAUAUAACAAGCAAAGCAAAGGAAAUUAUCGUCGACAUGUCCAUGCCAAUAUAGUUGCUUCUGCGCGAGAGUCAAGGGAGUCUAACCCUCAAUUAUCCCACGCCCAUCCUCAAGCACCUUCAGUGGGCCAUGAUGUCGUUGUUGGGGGCAGUCAAGAUACUGCCUGGCGCGGUGUACAGAAUCACAUACCACCAAAGAUAUUGCUUAUUGUCGAUUCUCAUAUAGCGUAUGAGCGGCAACUAAGGUUGCCAAUAGCGGAGAAUGAUUUUAAAAUCCAGGCGAUCAGCAUGAACAUAACUAUAUCGAAGAAGUGUUUAGGGGAGCCAUCGUCUCGUAAUGUGCCUAUCGCGAUCUUCGAAACGCUGGCAUGUACGAUUCUUAUUAAUGAACCGAAGAGUAGGAAUAGUAAACGUGAGAUGGAAUAG